CCAGAGGGCUGGCUGGCUAAGUCCCUCCCGCGCCGGGCUCUCUCCGCCUCACUAGCAAGCGGCUCUCGGUGCAGCGGCCACGGGGGGGGAGACGGCCUGCGCCCACCGAGCGCUCCACACUUGCCCGGAACGCACCGCCACCCUCGGCCCCGUCAGCCGCCCACUCGGGAUCGCCAGCGGCCUCCGCGCGCGCGCACGAUGCCCUCGGCCACCAGCCACAGCGGAAGCGGCAGCAAGUCGUCGGGACCGCCACCCCCGUCGGGCGCCUCCGGGAGCGAGGCGGCGGCAGGGGCCGGGCCCGCGGCGACGGCGGCCCCGGCUUCCCAGCACCCGGCCUCCGGCACCGGCGCCGUCCAGACCGAGGCCAUGAAGCAGAUCCUCGGGGUGAUCGACAAGAAACUUCGCAACCUGGAGAAGAAAAAGGGCAAACUUGAUGAUUACCAGGAGCGAAUGAACAAAGGAGAAAGGCUUAAUCAAGAUCAACUGGAUGCUGUAUCUAAGUACCAGGAAGUCACAAAUAACUUGGAGUUUGCGAAAGAGUUACAGAGGAGUUUCAUGGCAUUAAGUCAAGAUAUUCAGAAAACGAUAAAGAAAACAGCACGUCGGGAGCAGCUUAUGCGAGAAGAAGCCGAACAGAAGCGUUUAAAAACUGUACUUGAGUUGCAGUAUGUUCUGGACAAAUUAGGAGAUGACGAAGUGCGAACUGACCUGAAACAAGGCUUGAAUGGAGUGCCAAUAUUGUCCGAAGAGGAAUUGUCAAUGUUAGAUGAAUUCUACAAAUUAGCAGAUCCUGAACGGGACAUGAGUUUGAGGUUGAGCGAACAGUAUGAGCAUGCCUCCAUUCACCUGUGGGACUUGCUGGAAGGGAAGGAAAAGUCUGUAUGUGGAACAACUUACAAAGCUCUAAAGGAAAUUGUUGAGCGUGUGUUCCAGUCAAACUACUUUGACAGCACCCACAACCACCAGAACGGAUUGUGUGAGGAAGAGGAGGCAGCCUCAGCACCUACUGUUGAAGACCAGGUAGCUGAAACUGAACCUGAACCAGCAGAAGAGUACCCUGAACAAAAUGAAGUCGAAUCAACAGAGUAUGUAAAUAGACAAUUUAUGGCAGAAACACAGUUUAGCAGUGGUGAAAAGGAGCCGGUAGAUGAGUGGACAGUGGAAACCGUUGAGGUGGUAAAUUCACUCCAGCAGCAACCUCAGGCUGCAUCUCCUUCAGUACCAGAACCCCAUUCUUUGACUCCCGUGGCUCAGGCAGAUCCCCUUGUGAGAAGACAGCGAGUACAGGAUCUUAUGGCACAGAUGCAAGGACCCUAUAAUUUCAUCCAGGAUUCCAUGCUGGAUUUUGAAAACCAGACACUUGAUCCUGCAAUUGUAUCUGCACAGCCUAUGAAUCCAACACAAAAUAUGGACAUGCCCCAGCUGGUUUGCCCUCCAGUUCAUUCUGAAUCUAGACUUGCUCAAUCCAAUCAAGUUCCUGUACAGCCAGAAGCAACACAGGUUCCUUUGGUUUCAUCCACAAGUGAGGGAUAUACAGCAUCUCAACCCUUGUACCAGCCUUCUCAUGCUACAGAGCAACGACCACAGAAAGAACCAAUUGACCAGAUUCAGGCAACAAUCUCUUUAAAUUCAGACCAGACCACAGCAUCCUCAUCCCUUCCUGCCGCUUCUCAGCCUCAGGUGUUCCAGGCUGGAACAAGCAAACCUUUGCACAGCAGUGGAAUCAAUGUAAAUGCAGCUCCAUUCCAGUCCAUGCAAACGGUGUUCAAUAUGAAUGCACCAGUUCCUCCUGUUAAUGAACCAGAAACUUUAAAACAGCAAAAUCAGUACCAGGCUAGUUAUAAUCAGAGCUUUUCCAGUCAGCCCCAUCAGGUAGAACAAACAGAGCUUCAGCAAGAACAGCUUCAAACAGUGGUUGGCACCUACCACGGUUCUCAGGACCAGCCCCAUCAAGUAACUGGUAACCACCAGCAACCUCCACAGCAAAACACUGGAUUUCCGCGUAGCAGCCAGCCCUAUUACAACAGUCGUGGUGUGUCUCGUGGAGGCUCUCGUGGUGCUAGAGGCUUGAUGAAUGGAUACAGAGGCCCUACCAAUGGAUUCAGAGGUGGAUAUGAUGGUUAUCGCCCUUCAUUCUCUAACACUCCAAACAGUGGUUAUACACAGUCUCAGUUCAGCGCUCCCCGGGACUACUCUGGCUAUCAGAGGGAUGGAUAUCAGCAGAAUUUCAAGCGAGGCUCUGGGCAGAGUGGACCACGGGGAGCCCCACGAGGUCGUGGAGGGCCCCCAAGACCCAACAGAGGGAUGCCGCAAAUGAACACUCAGCAAGUGAAUUAAUGUGAUUCACAGGAUUAUGUUUAAACGCCAAAAACACACUGGCCAGUGUAUCAUAAUAUGUUACCAGAAGAGUUAUUAUCUAUUUGUUCUCCCUUUCAGGAAACUUAUUGUAAAGGGACUGUUUUCAUCCCAUAAAGACAGGACUACAAUUGUCAGCUUUAUAUUACCUGGAUAUGGAAGGAAACUAUUUUUACUCUGCAUGUUCUGUCCUAAGCGUCAUCUUGAGCCUUGCACAUGAUACUCAGAUUCCUCACCCUUGCUUAGGAGUAAAAAAGGCAUAAUAUACUUUAUGGGGUGAUAAUAUCUCCAUAGUUAAAUGAAGUGGCUUUGGAAAGAAAGACUUGACUUUUGACAUUGGCUAAAAUCUAGAAAUCAGCCCUCGAGUUAUUCACUGGUAAUAGAUAAAACUAAAAUAAUUCCCUUCAGAGGAUGAUGGAAGAAGUGAAAUGUGGCUGCCAGACAACUGCAUUUCCUAACUGUUUCAGUUAGAUUGGAGCACUGAACAUGUAGGUGCAUACCAAAUUAUGCAUGGACCCUUGAUCACAUGAAUAAGACUGGCUGUCAGCUUUGACACCAUAGUUAUGGCCAAAAGAUUGUGGUUAAAACACAAUGUAAAUUGCUUUUUAACAGCUGAUACUGGAUAACACAAAGCCAAAAUGCAAAAUUAGGCUUUGAUUGGCACUUUUUGAAAAAUAUGCAACAAAUAGGGAUGUAAUCUGGAUGGCCGCUUCUGUACUUAAUGUGAAAUACUCUUUUUUUUUUUGAACACGUAACCUUUUUUUUUUGACAAUGGCUUUGGUAAGGAUUGGUAGUAUAUAUCAUUCCUUAUAACAUACAUUGUCUGUCACUAAUCCUUGAAUCUUGCUAUACUGUCACAUAAAUUGGUACAGGUACUGAUGGAAAUUUCUUAAUGGAUAAAUAACACUUGGUCACAUGUUUAUUCUGCAGCCUAAAGGUUCUUAAAAGAAAGAUUCCAGAUACCUGCUGCUACUACCCCUUUAAAUUGCUAUCUUUUGAAAAGCACCAGUAUGUGUUUUAGGUUGAUUUCCCUGUUUUAGGGAAAUGACAGUAGUUUCGGUUCUAAUGGUAUAAGCAAAAGAAAUAAAACAUGUUUAUAAAAGUUGUAUCUUGAAAUACUGGUGUUCAACAGCUAGCAGCUUAUGUGGUUCAUCCCAUGCAUUAUUCGUGUUUCAAAUUUCUUCGGUAUCUCCAACAGCUACUUGCACUUACUUUUUGUCUAAUCUAAUUGAAUUACUUUUUUUCCUUUGAGGCUUAUUCAUAAUCAAAAUGGUGAUUCCUUCCCUUACAUGGAUAGGGAGAACCGCAAAAUUGGAUGGGAACCACUAAACUGAGUUUGGUGAUUUAAGUGCUGUGUAGAGAUUUGAGCUAGCAGUUUGAGCACUAGAUCUGUGUGCCUAUGAUCUUAAUACUGCUGUCAUAACCCAUGUCAACUACAUGAGGAAUCACCCCUGUAAAGCAAAGGCUUUUAAGUUAAUGGUAUUUUCUCAGCAGAGACUGAAUUUUGUUUUCAGCCUCCAGCUAAGGAAUUUUUGCAGUAGGUGUUCAGCUACUUAAACUAUUCUCAAACAUUCAUCAUGAGACAACUGGAUUUUUUCCUGUUUUGUAAUCUAAAAUGGAUAGGCUGUUGAACAUUCCAUAUUCAAGUUUUGUAGGGUGGUGGGGAGGGGGUGGAUCUUCAAUGUUUAUAUUAAAAUAAAAUAAGUUCUUGACUUCUCAUGUGUGGUUGUGGUACAUCAUAUUGGAAGGGUUAUCUCUUUUGCAAAUGAGCAUUUAUUUUGCUAGCACCUCCCCUUGUGUGCUUUAAAUGACAUCUGCCUUGGGUGUACCACAACCAUAUGCUGUAUUUUAGGGAAGAUAGUCAAAAUAUUCCUGGUUUACUGGUUACUCCUUAGACAUGUAUUAUAUAAAACUAAAUUUGCUACCUGUAUAGACAAUGUCAUGACUUUUAAAAUCGAAAAUGAAGUUCUUUACAGAACUAUCGCUAUGAGUCAGUUCAGAGAUGGACGGGGCAAAGAAAUGAUUUCUAGGUUUCAAACUAUGCAUUAGUUGCAGAUGUUGUGAAUGUAUCAUUACUUUUCUUCUAUAUAUGUUUUUUAAAAGAAUCGGUUCUUUUUGAAUACUAUAAUUUGGGGGCAUUCUACCAUAGCAGCCUAAAUGUAAUUUUAUGCCUCAUUUUCAGACUAUUUUUUCUAAAUAUGUGACUCAUUAUGGGUCCGACCUUUUUUGAAAUUCCCAUUAAGGCCUGAGGCUUGGUACUGAUUGUUCUGUGUACUAUGUGAAUACUUGUCCUCCCUGUAGGAAGGCCUUCUGUUUGAUCAGAUUUUUAGCCCAAUUUAGCAGAGUUGUAAAGAAGUUAUUGUCACAUUUACUACAGUAGCUUUUUGGUAUAGCAAGACUCCAUGUAUAGUUUCAUAAAUGCACAAUAAUCAUCUCACAGGGAUAAUGAGACUUAACGUUUUACAGCUUUAAGGUAGGACGUCAUUGAUUACCUUGCCUUGGUUUUAUUUUUAGAUCCUAAUAUCCCAAGAGAAUAUGAAGAGUUCCUCCAAUCAUUGUGUGUUAUUAAGACAAAUAUCCCUUAACAUUUUUGAGUCAGUUCUUUGUCUCCUAUAUAUGCAACUUUAUUGUGUGGGAGACUUUUCCACUUUCAGGAGAUGGGAGAAUGUUUAUUCUCAGAAGGCUCAUUAACUGAGGUGCUCUAUUGAAAACCAACUUAUAAACGUAGAAGGUAGUUGAGUAGUUAGCCUCCUAAGUGUCUUAGUAAAUUUGUAUUCAUUGUAUUUUCAAUAAUAUAUUUAAAUGGGGUACAGGCAAGCACACUGACUUCAAACCGUUCGUCUUUAAGCUCCUGAAUCCUCAUCCCAUUUGAUGGGAUUUUUAAAGGCACUCCUUAAGUUUUACUGACUAUAAAUUUAAAAGUAUCAGUAUUGCCCUUGAGCUUAUCCCUUCCUAUUAGAGUUAAUGGGAAGGGAAAACCCUCAGGAAAAUGAAAGUAAAUUAACAUUUCAUCUCUCUAACUUUUACCAAUUUUGAAUUAUAUAAGAAGACUGGAAAAGGUUAGUGAAUGUUUAAAAUGCAGUAGAUUAAAGUAUUAAAAUUAGAUUCUUAUUCCUGAUUGAAAUCUGCUUUAUCAUCUAUACCAUCUAGCGAAGCUCUUGAGUGGAGAUUAAAGAGCUUACUAAAUAUCUCUGGUAGCCUUGUCUUCUAAGAAGACUACACUAUUACAUAUUCUGUGAGUUAGGAUUUUCAUACCUUUAACAACAGCUGUUUUGAAGCUUAAUUCAGUCUCAUGUAGAAGACUGUUCUUUGAGUGGGCAGUGAAAGACCACCUGGUUAGUAAAGGCAAAUUGUACUGUUUUUAUUGGAAGUACUAAUUUUAAGUACUGUGUAAACUAGGGAGCCACUGUAUUAAGUGAUUGGUUUUGCAAAUUUGGGUAUCCUUUGCCAGGCAGUAUGCCGAGCAUAAUUGAAUGGUGACAUCCCAGCGGUUCCUGCUUUCAUACUAAGAUAAAGUGAAUGCCAUGUUGCAGCAACAUGUGUGAUAAGCGAACGACAAGGAUCAUCAGGGAGAGCCUUUUGAAGGGGAGGAUAAUUGAGCUAAAACUUGAAGGAUGAGUACUAGUAAAUUAUACUGGAAAACUAGACAAAGAAGCGUGUUUAAAUUAAGGUCCAAUUUCCAGUGACUUGAAGAGCCUUAUGUCUGGCUCCUGGUGACAGUAAAUGUUUUGUUACUAGAGACUGAAAAAACAGGUAAGGGUUACCAUGGACUGCUUUCUAGUUACAUUCUCUGUUCAGUUUUGUAUCUUGAGAACAGUUGGAAACUAUUGAAGAUUUUUAAGCUUUGUGUGUAUGGGGGUGAGGUGAGGUGGGUGGAUGGUGGGUCACCUAAUAAAAUUGCCAUUUAAAGAACA